AUGGAGGGACUGUUCAAAGUGAAGUUAACCAGCGUCAUGAUCGCCGACUUUGUUGGUUGUUGGAUUAUCGAGAAGCUCUGCAAACGCCUCUUCGCAGAUCUCGAACCCAAACCGUUAGUCACUCGGGGUAGGGAACGGAGGGAGGCGGGACGAAGGGAAGAGGCUAGAUUAGCAGAAGAGGCAGCUGCAGAGAAGAAACAGUAA